CUUCCCGGGCUUAACUUUGUGCCCCUCUCCGUCCCCCUCCCCGCCCAGAGGCACAGGGAUGGGGGUCACAGUCAGGUCAUGUCACUGCCUCCCCCUGAGGGCCAGGAAUCCUUGUCCUGCUGCAGCCUGGGGUCCCUCGCAGGGGCCAGAGUCCCUCAGGAGCAGGCUGCUCCAGCGGGGAUGGCCAGGGGGAUCCCCGAGUCCGGCCAGGAGCCACUUGCAUGGCUGUGCAGGGGCUUCUGCCGGGCUCGGGGCCUCUCUCAGGCACCCCCUGCUCCGGCCCGGCCUCACUGCCCCCCUCACCCCCCAUGCAGCGAGUGCCCGGGCAGGGAGAUGCACGAUUUUCACGGGGCUGAAUCUUGGUGUUUCUGAGCUUUAUUGGGCUAAAUGUUGGUGUUUUGUUUUUUUGUGGGGGCUGAAUCUUUCUGUGUUGGGGGGAUAUCAGAUUUUUGGUGUUUUGGAAGUUUUUGAUCUGUCUUGACGUUUGGAGGAUUUUUUGGGCUGAAUCUUGGUGUCUUAGAGGUUCUUAGAGACACUAGAUACCCAAUGAAUUCCUGAGAUGAACUUGGGAAAGGAGAAACCCUCAGCCCAAGGCUUUUUCCUUUCUUUUUUCCCUCCAAACUAGGAUUUUUCAUUCCCAAGCUGUGGCCAGAUGGAGGAGGAGGAAAAUCCCUGGAGAUCUUGCACAAGGAGGGGCUGCAAACCCAGCCCAGUUAGCUGUGAGGAGGAAAGAUCCUCCCUGUGCAUUGAAGGUGACCGGAGAUCCAGCCGGAGCUCAGAGCUGGGGGAGAAGCCCCACAAGUGUUUGGAAUGUGCGAGAGAUUUCAGCCACAGCUCCAACCUGCUCCGGCACCAGGUGAUCCACAGUGGGGAAAGACCCUAUGAGUGUGGGAAAUGUGGGAAGAGCUUCAGAGAUACCUCUGAACUGAUGAGACACCAGGUGAUCCACACGGGGGAACGGCCCUACACCUGCUUGGAAUGUGGGAAGAGCUUUGGGUGGAGCUCCAAUCUGAGGAAACACCAGCUCAUCCACACCAGGGAGAGGCCCUACAAGUGUCCCCAGUGUGGGAAGAGUUUUCGGACCAGCUCCCAUGUCCUCGUACAUGAGCGGAUUCACACAGACGAGAGGCCCUUCCGCUGCCCCGACUGCGGGAAGGGCUUCAAGCACAACUCCCACCUCACCGUCCACCGGCGCAUCCACACUGGGGAGAGGCCCUACGAGUGUCCCCAGUGUGGGAAGAGCUUCUCACACAGCUCUAACUUGACCCAACACCAACGGAGGCACCAGUAAGGGAAGCCCUGCGAGUGCCCCGAGUGCGGGAAGAGCUUCGUGCGCUGCUCCAGCUCCAUCCCCCAUGGGAGGAUGGGCGUUGGAUGACCCCCAGUGACCCCCGUUGGGCAGAGCCCUGGUGAUCCGUGGUCCUGGUGAUGCGUGUUGGGAAGACACCUGGCUGGGAGGCUUCACAUCUUCCUGGCUCCCUGUGGGCACCUGGAUGAACACUGGAGCAGGAACAUCCACUGGGACACAGACCAGCAAUGGGAAUUCCUUUGGGAGAGUGGAUUUGUUGACUUUUAAUCCUAGAGAACCUUUUCCUGCUGCCUCAGGAGCUGUGUGGGCAGAGAAAAGGUGGUGACACCAGAGUGGGGGUCCCUGGGAGGAGCACACGCUCUGGGGGUGGGAGGACAUGAUCCAUGGGACCCCCCUUCACCUUCCUCCACAGGCAGAAGCCGAGCCGCAGUACCAGGAAUACGAAGCCCAACACGGAACUUCCAAUCUCCAUCUGCAUCUUGCUGUGGGCAGCGUUUGACAGCAUCCCUGGGGGGUCUGCAGUGGUCAGGACCCCUAAAACCUCUCACAGACACCUCAAGCCUCCUCCAAGGACCCUCCCUGUCUCUCCCAGCCCACCCAGGACCCUCUGAAACCUUUUUUAGAGUCAUUAAUUUAAAAAAAUUAAGAAUUUUAGAAAAAUUAGAGUUCUUAGCUAGAGAUAGGCCUUGCUGGAAGUAGUUCGAGUUAAUGAUUAAGUGAGAAGCAGGAUUUGAGAUAAUGAAUCUCGGACUUAGAUAAAAAAUUCCUUUUCAUUGUGUGUUUGUUCAGCUGUGCUUAUAAUGAGAAAAGAGAAACUGAUAAACGGGUUCAGGAAGAUCACAGACCUUACAUCUGGAAACCCAUUUAAAAGUCACAAGGGAGAAAACUGGAGCUGUACCUAAUGUCAUUUGUAAUGUAACCAUUGUAAAGGUAGAAAGGUGAGAGUGAGGAAGAGCGGUUUUCCUUCAUCUCUUGAUGACCCCUCCUCACCAAAACGACCUCCUCCUCAAAUUAGGGAGCCAACCACACAGGCAGAAUGACUUUUUAAACUCAUUACCAUGAAUUUUAAUCCAAAGUGGGGAAUGGGAGCUGUUAGCAUUAUGAAUAUGUAUUAGUAUUAAUAUAUAAGUAUUUUGGAUAUUCAAGACUUUUGUAAAUAAAUAGACACUGGAAUCUUUUGUCAACUUGCAGUGCGUAUUAAGGGGUGACUCCCACACUCGCCCAGUGCUGUGAUUAAACAUCCACUUUGUAACUUUAAA